CUUCAGUCAAAAGAACGCCGAUCUUAAUCAUGAAUCUUCCUAAAUUUCCCGACGUAAUUCAUCCCCGCUGUCGAACUCAUCUAAGCUCCAAAUAGAGCGGAGAAGAUGGCGGUCAAACAGAAGAGGGCAUGACGGGCUUGGAGCUGCUGGCCGCCGUCUGCCAUGGGGAUGAGCGGGAUCCUUUCCCGCUGUGGCAGGACGGACGCGUCGGCGUGUGUUUCAACCAGCUGCUGCUUGGAGUGCUGCCUCACGCCGUCAUGGCCGCCCUCUGCGCCUUCUACCUGGGCGUGGCCACCGGCGGCCGCCUGCAGACAUCUUCCUCUGGCGGCUGGAAUCUGCGCCUGGUUUCGACGGUGCUGGCGGCGCUGCUCUUCGCCGCUGAUGCCGCCGUGGUGGGCGUGGCCCAGCAGGCGGACAUGUACCUGGACCUCCUGGCCGACGCCAGCGCCGUACUGGCCUGGCUGGUGCACGUCGGCGCCGUGGCGACGCUCCGGCGGACGUGGGCUUUCCGGAGGACGCGUGGCCCCUCGCCGCUCCCUGCCUCGGUCCUUCUCUGCGUUCCACACGCUGUUCUCACCUUGAUGUUCUACCUGGCCAACCGGGAGGACUACCUGACCCCGUCCAAACCGCUCCACUUGACACGAUUGGUGCUGGCCUCCACACGGGCGUUCCUGGUCCUUCUCUAUCUUUUGGGCGUGGCGUGUCCCUGCGUGGGCGAGGCGGACGCAGGGAACAUCCAAGAUGUGGAUGGACAGCCUCUCAUUCCGGAGGACGCCGAGCCGGACACCGGCGAGAUGGUGGCAGAGGACGGCAGCGGUUGUGUCUCCCGCCUCCUCUACCUGUGGCUGACCCCACUCCUCAGGCGAGGGCAGCGGGGCGAGCUGCGGCGACCGGCUGACGUUUACCACCUCCCCCGCAGCCUGCGCACCAGCGUCAUUCGCCGACACUUCCAGCACAGCUGGGUCACGUGUCACAGGGGGGCGGCGUUGCUCCCCGUGCGGGAUCAGUGGCCCCGCCCGGUCCAGGGUGGCAGUGGCGGUCUUCACUCUCCGGAGGAACCACUGGAGCUGGAGGGCGACGUGAGCCUGCUCCGGGUUCUACACACGGCCUUUGGAGCGCGCUAUUACCUUCUGGGCGUGUUGAAACUGAGCGUGAACCUGCUGAGGUUCUCCGGGCCGCUCCUCCUCAACGUCCUCGUCAGCUUCAUGGAGGACCAGGGCGCUCCGGUCAGCACGGGCGCCUGGUGCGCCGCCGCCCUCUUCGCUAGCACGCUCCUGUGCUCCGUCCUCCAGAACAUCUUCGCCUUCCAGGUCUCCAAGGUGGCGCUGUCCGCCCGCACCGCUCUCGUGUCGGCCGUCUACAGCAAAGCGCUGCGGGUCGGCGGUGCCGGCCUGGCCCGCUUCUCCCUCGGGGAGGUGGUGAACCUGAUGAGCACGGACACGGACCGCGUGGUCAACUUCUUCAACAGCUUCCAUGAACUAUGGAGUCUCCCCUUCCAGCUGGCCCUCGUCCUCUACCUGCUCUACACGCAAGUGGGCGUGGCCUUCCUGAGCGGGCUGGGUGUGGCGCUGCUGCUGGUCCCCUUCAACAAGUUCCUGGCCUCUCGCAUCCAGAGCAACAACCAGGACAUGAUGAGGUACAAGGACAGCCGGGUCAAGUUGAUGACGGAGAUCCUCUUCGGGAUCCGGGUCAUCAAGUUCUACAGCUGGGAGGCCCACUUCACUCAGAAGGUGUCCGAGUAUCGCCAGGGAGAACUGACGCACCUCAAGGCCCUCAAGUACCUGGACGCCAUGUGUGUGUACACCUGGGCCGCCCUCCCCGUGGUCAUCUCCAUCCUCACCUUCCUCACCUACGUGCUGCUGGGACACCAGCUGACCGCCCCCAAGGUGUUCACCACGCUGGCUCUGGUAGGAAUGCUGAUCGUUCCACUCAACGCUUUCCCGUGGGUGCUUAACGGCAUCCUGGAAGCCAAGGUGUCGCUGGAGAGAAUCCAGCGCUUCUUCAAACUGACCAAUCAGGAUCUUCAGGCGUACUACGCGUUAGUGUCACCUAAAGACGACCACACGGCGGUGCUGUUGAGUCAGGGCACGUUCAGCUGGCACCGGGACCCGGAAGGAGACCACGGCGCCACCGCCGGCAGUCUACUGCUGCACAACCUCAAUCUACAAAUAAGAAAGGGCUCGCUGAUGGUGGUGGUGGGCAAGGUGGGAUGCGGGAAGAGUUCCCUGCUGGCUGCUCUCACGGGAGAACUCUGCAGGCACAGCGGCGUGGUGUACGUCGCGGACCGCCAGUCCGGUUUCGGUCUGGCGUCGCAGGAGCCGUGGAUCCAGCACGCGUCCGUACGGGACAACAUCUUGUUUGGGAAGGACCACGACGCCGCCUUCUACCAGGAAGUGAUCGAAGCCUGCGCUCUGUCAGACGACCUCAGGAUUCUGCAGCAUGGCGACCGCACGGAAGUGGGAGAGAACGGCGUCACUUUGAGUGGAGGUCAGAAGGCCCGACUGGCCCUCGCCAGAGCUGUUUACAUGGACAAAGACAUCUACCUCCUGGACGACCCUCUAGCGGCGGUGGACGCGCACGUGGCCCGCCACCUCAUGCAGCGAUGCAUCAUGGGCCUGCUGGGCGGGAAGACCCGGGUCCUCUGCACGCACCGCGCCGAGCUGGCGGAGGGAGCCGACCAGGUGGUCCUCAUGGCUGAGGGGACCGUCGUCAAGACGGGCUCCCCGGCAGAGAUCCUCCCUCUGAUAGAAGCGGCGCCCAAGCAGCAGCAGGAGGAGGAGGAGGAGCUGAAAGCCAAAGAAAAAGGCAAGGAGCCGUCAUGUCUGGCCGAUGGCCUUAGCGAGGAGGGGCAGGAGGAGCUGCGUGCUGACGACGGUCGCCAUGACGACCAUUCGGGGGCGGAGCAGAAGCAGGCGGGCGGCCUGGCGUGGAAGGUCUACCGGACCUACUGGACCGCAGUGGGCGGAGCCUUGGCCACGUCCAUUUUGCUGUCCCUGCUGGCGAUGCAAGCCUCCAAGAACGUGUCGGACUGGUGGUUGUCUCACUGGAUCUCGGAGCUGAAGAACACCACUCACCCCUCGGGCGUCCUCGCCACGCCUCACCUGCUGCUCCUGUCAGCCGGACGCCUGAUGUCGGCCAACCUGAGCGGCGAGGUGCAGUUCUACCUGACGGUCUACGGCUGCAUGGCGGUGGCCAACACCGUCUUCACCGCCCUCAGAGCCUUCCUCUUCGCCUACGGCGCCGUCCGCGCCGCCGCCGUCAUUCACAACAGACUCCUCCAGCGGGUCCUCAAGGCGACGGUGACCUUCUUCGACACCACCCCGCUGGGCCGCAUCCUCAACCGCUUCUCGUCGGACGUGUACGGCGUGGACGACAGCCUGCCCUUCAUCCUCAACAUCCUGCUGGCCAACAUGUCGGGCCUGCUGGGCACGCUGGUGGUGAUGAGCUACGGCCUGCCCUGGCUGCUCCUGGCCCUGCCCCCUCUGGCGCUGCUCUACCAGCGCACGCAGCGCUUCUACCGCCACACCUCCAGGGAGCUGAAGCGCCUGUGCAGCGUCACGCUCUCGCCCGUCUACUCCCACUUCUCCGAGACGCUGAGCGGCCUCGCCACCAUCCGGGCGAGCGGCGGCUGUGCCAGGUUUGAGGAGGAGAACGUCCGGCGGUUAGAACUGAACCAGCGCUGCGUGUUCCUGAGCAACGCCGCCAUGCAGUGGCUGGACAUCCGCCUGCAGCUAAUCGGGGUCGUGGUGGUGACGGGCGUCAGCGUGGUGGCGGUCGUCCAGCACCGUUUCCAUGUUGUUGAUCCAGGCUUGGUGGGUUUGUCGCUGUCCUACGCUCUGUCCAUCACCACCCUGCUGUCAGGCCUCAUCUUCAGCUUCACCCAGACGGAGAUGCAGCUGGUGAGCGUGGAGCGAGCGGAGGAAUACUCCAGUCAGCUUCCAGCGGAGCCUCAGCAGCAGAACCCGCAGCUGGCCCCCUCGUGGCCGGAAGAAGGGCGGGUGGAGUUUCGCCGUGUGGUCCUGGUCUACAGGGAGGGUCUUGCCCCCGCCUUGCACGACGUCAGUCUGCUGGUGCGACCCGGGGAGAAGGUGGGCAUCGUGGGUCGCACGGGUUCAGGGAAGUCCACUUUGUUCCUGGCCCUGUUCCGCAUGGUGGAGGUCAGUCGGGGCCAAAUCCUCCUGGACGGGCUGGACGUCAGUGGUGUGGGCGUGGCCCAGCUCAGGUCCAGGCUGGCCAUCAUUCCUCAGGACCCUUUCCUGUUCAGCGGGACCAUCCGACAGAAUCUGGACCCCUGCCAGCAACACCAGGACCAGCAGCUCCUAGAGGUCCUGGAUCAGUGCCACCUCGGGUCCUUGGUCAACACAAUGGGUGGUCUGGAUGCUGAGGUGAAGGACAGAGGCAGGUCCUUCUCAGUGGGACAGAGACAGCUGCUGUGUCUGUCCAGAGCGCUGCUGACUCAGGCCAAGGUCCUGUGUGUGGACGAAGCCACGGCCAGCGUGGACCAGAAGACGGACAAACUGCUGCAGAAGACCAUCAAAGAGAGGUUCCGUGACAAGACUGUCAUGACCAUUGCACACAGGUUGAACACCAUCAUGGACUGUGAGCGUGUGCUGGUGAUGCAUGCUGGGAAGGUGGUGGACUUUGACACCCCAGCAGCACUUUGCCAGAAGGACGACUCGGUUUUUGGUCAGCUCCUCAGUCAGGCGACGAAGGGACACUGACAGAAUAGUGACAGAACAGGGUGUCUGUAACACGGCAGUAAAACGGCUGAUCAAACAAAACAGAAGUCAUGGUCAAGGACCCACUAGCUGCGCAAGCUAGGUCUCCAAUCAGCUAAACAGACGGUGGCGUUUUGGUGAACUUACUGAGGAAUUUGUGAAACGGACACAGACACGCGUAAAGAUGUUAGCAUAUUAGCUCAUGCUAACUACGCUCGCUUGAUUACGUUGCGACAGCACGCACAAAUAUGCUUGAAAACACAACUACAGACAUCACACACGGGGCGGUUUACGAAGUAAGAAUUGUUUUAGUUACAUUGUAAAACUUACAAACGUUGCUUGGAGUGACGAAUGAAGGAUCCGUACGAGUAGGAACGCUACGGACGGCAAGAAGAAUCUACAGUUUUUACCGUGAAUUACUGUAAAUGGGAAAAUAGUACCACUUUUUCUCACAAAAUCUACAGUUUUUACAGUAAAUGACUGUAAAUGUGAAAACUGUACCACUGAAUGAAUAAAUGAAGGUUUUUUUAAUGGUCAAAUUCCAAUUUUUUGUUAUCGUAAAAAUUGUAUUUAUUUUUAAAAUUAAUGUUUACAGCGGGUGACUAACUUUGAACUCAUAAGUCAAGCAAAUAGUUUAGUUGGUAUUCACAAAAAGUUUUGUGGGAAUUUCCUAGUAUUCGAUUUCUAAAACAUUUGAGUACACAAAGUGUGUAUUUCUUUCAGUCAGAAUGGAGUUGGAAAGAGAAAGUACUUCAUGUUAAUAUUCCAGGGCACAUGAAAUGAUGUGGUGGGUUCACAUCUGGCCCCCGGGGCCUCGAGUUUGACAUCAGCUUCAAGCACACCUGUGAAGUGAAAACCAUUUCAGGUGACUACCUCUUGAAGCUCAUGGAGAGAAUGCCGAGAGUGUACAAAAGAGAAAUCGGAGCAAAGGGUGGCUAUUUUGAAGAAACUAGAAUAUAAAACAUGUUUUCAGUUAUUUCACCUUCUUGUGUUCAUUCAUAGUUUUGAUGAGACAAUGUAAGUAAUCAUGAAAAUAAAGGAAAACAUUGAAUGAAAAGGUGUUUAACACUUUAGUGACUGAGACCAUUUUGGGUCCCCAGGACCUUUAAAGUUCACCAAAACUUAGGGUAGCCCUCCAUCCAUCCAUCUAUUUUCUACCGCUUGUCCCUUUUAAGGUCGAGGGGGGUGCUAGAGCCUAUUGGUUUUAAAAAUGAAAAAUAGCAAAAUGGCCCCAGCAUUCUUUCAUUAUUCAGUGUGUGGCCCCCACUGGAAACAUUUUGAACUCAUGUUUUGGCCAUGAACACACACACACACACAUUCUGGUAUUUGUUACCUUCUUGAGUCCUCCGAAAAAUGCCUACCUCUUUAGGACCACCCUUUCUAGAUAUA